CUAUGGGCAUACGUACCGCGGAAGGCGGAGCUGAAGGCGGUAUGAAAGGCGCACAUGCCCCGCAUCUUCCUCCGCCUCUGGACAGCAAAAUGGCGACUGUUGACUUCGACUCGUCCGCGGAUCCAGAGAUGGACUUAACCAGCGACGAGGAGUUAGAGAGGGAAGCUGAAGGCUUCAAAGAACAGGGAAAUGCAUACUAUGUCAAGAAGGACUACAAUGAAGCAUUCAACUUCUACACCAAGGCUAUCGACCUGUGCCCAAAAAAUGCCAGUUAUUAUGGCAACCGUGCGGCCACAUUGAUGAUGCUGAGUCGCUACCGAGAGGCACUGGAGGACUCCCAGCAGGCUGUGCGACUAGAUGACACCUUUGUGAAGGGCCACAUGCGUGAGGGCAAGUGCCACCUGCUGCUUGGUAAUGCGAUGGCUGCCAGCCGCUGCUUCCAGAAGGUUCAAGAGCUAGAACCAGAAAACAGCCAGGCGCAGCAGGAGCUGAAGAGUGCAGAGUCCAUUUUGGAAUUUGAGCGACUGGCUGAGAUCAGCUUUGAGAAGCGAGACUUCAGGAUGGUGGUGUUCUGUAUGGAUCGGGCAUUACAGUCUGCAUCUGCAUGUCACAGGUUCAAGGUGUUGAAAGCAGAGUGUCUGGCUUUGCUGGGACGCUACCCAGAGGCCCAGUCGGUUGCCAGGUAACUGCAUUAGUAAUUUAGUAGUGGUUAACUGAUAGGGGGUUAAAUGGGGUUUCAAAUUAAAUGUUGAUACAAAAUUAUUCAAUGAAAGCAAGUGAAGGACAAUUUAUUUUUUUGCAUUACAAGCCAAUUAUAACAGUGUGCUUUUUAAUUUUUAUAUAGAAUUAUAAUUUUAAAUCGUUGUUUUUAAAGGUUUUUGCCAUGAAAAUACCACGCUACCCUUUUAAGACUGGCCCGUACAAUGUAUACUGUACCUGCCAGCAGCAUAGCAGCAAGUGUUGCAAGAGUUGCAGAAGAAAAGAGGACUGGAUUAAAAUCAGGGCUGCCCCCCACUAAAGAUUAAUUACUCAAAUACUAAACCAUAACCAGCCUUUAAUAUUUUGGCUAGCUAUAGCCAAUAGGACUGUGACGGUCGCAUAUAUCUCUGAAAUCAGCCCAGUACUGUCUCAUAGCCUGCAUAAUCAUUAUGAUCAAUGAUGCUACACUGGAUGCAACACAACAUGACAAAUUCAAUAAACUGCGACCGUAAACUGCCUCAUCCUGUUUAUGAGGCACUGACACGGAGUUCAAAUGUUUUGUGUAGACACUAGACAGAUAAGACCUGUUAUGAUGUGGUGGUGUUGUGUCCAGUGAAGACAUGAUUCACUGUUCCGCUGCCAAGCAAGUGCCUUCUUGUUAACAUCUUUCUUUUAUCUCAUUUGUAUUUGUAGGGCCCUAUGAUUUUUUUUCCCGAAUUCCGUUUUAUUUCUUUCCAAAAUCAGUUUUUCAGUUGUAAUUUUUCUGGAUUCUGUUUUUUUUCUGUUUGAAUUUCUCAACUUAUGAAAUGUUUUUUUCCCCUCUGAAAUGCUGUUGUUUAUUUACAUUUUUCUGGUUAUCAAAUGAAGGCAUAAAACAUUCAUUUAAUUUAUCUUCUAGUUUUAGAAAAUUAAGCAAACUCUAUUUUUUGGUAAAAAAAAAAAAAGGGGGUUUACUAUUAAAUAUAAAGUAGUAGUAGUAGGCGGCGUAGGCUAUGUACAUUCUGCCAGUGGUGGACGGUAACGGAGUAGCUUUACUUCGUUACUGUACUUAAGUACAUUUUUCAAGUAUCUGUACUUUACUGGAGUACUUUUAUUUUGAGCAACUUUUACUUUUACUUCACUACAUUCCAAAGCAUAAAAUCAUACUUUUAACUUCACAACAUUUCAUAAAACAUAUCAUUACUCCCUAUAAUAUAUCACGUGCUCCGACAGGCAGAAGCGGUGUCUGAUUCAUCAUGAACGAACUAAGUCUUUUCAAAAUAAACUUUUAAAUCGGAUCGCAAAUCGCACCAAAUGAUUAUAUUAUGAAUUCGAAUGAUCCGAUGGCAGCCUACUGUCUAUGGAUUGCAGCGGUUCUGGAGUCGACCCCUCACUGAUUCAAAUGAACCAUUUAGUGCGAGUCACCAGAAGUAAGAACCGGGAGAUCUUGUGAGCGCGUGUGCGUCUGAUGUUGCUAAAGUAAGUUAGUAAUGUCGAAAUUUUGGAUUAAUUAUUGUAACUGAAAAUCAUAUUUAGGUCAAAACUGCCAGUUGUUUGGGAACUAAAUCCGUUGUAAAGAGUGAUCUAUUUAAGCCCACUGAAAUGCUCCAGUGCAGACGAUGCAGUGCGUGCGUGCGUGCGCCAGGGGUGUUUUUAACAAACUUUAAAAUACUUUGUUCUUACUGGUGAAAAUCAGAUGGUCAUCUCUGUUUUCUCUCAGGUACAUCACAGUGUAAGCUUCACAGUUAACAUCUCUCUCAUCAGCGUAGUCCAUAUCAACAACAAAAAUAUAUCUUGACUCCAUAUAGUGGUUAUUUUGGAAAAAAUCCCAGGUAUAUGUGCUAAUAUAAAAUUAAGUAGCGUAUAUAAAAUUGCAAACAUCUAUCUUUCCGUACUUUUUUUACUUAAGUACAUAAAUCAAGUACUUUUGUACUUUCACUUGAGUAAAAGUGAAAAAGGAAUACUUUUACUCUUACUGGAGUAAUAUUUUAUUAUAUGUAUCUGUACUUUUACUCAAGUACUUGAUUUGUGUACUUUGUCCACCACUGCAUUCUGCUGAACAUUUCUGGCAAAUACUUGUCUUUAAACCGGACUUUUAUUUUGACAGAUUGCUGUGAAUACCUUUGUGUUCUGUGUAUGUGAUAUGACGCUAGUUUUACUCGAAUCAAACGAUUCAAUUGCUCAUGAAGUGACUCUCAGUGCAGUUCUGGAGAUGUUGUUCAUAUGUUUACGUCCUCAUUUGGCGAAAUGAAAGACACUGAAAUCACCGCAUGCUUCUGUGUAUAAUAAACGAAGCCGUGCUUCUGUGUGUGUAAUAAA